AGAGAGCAGAGGGGGUUGGAAGCUCCGCCGCUGUCUUCCCUUCUCUUGGUCUCUCUUGUGAGUGUGUGUGUGUGUGUCUUUCUCCCUCCACCGGCAGUGCAGAGGGAGAUGGGCUCCCGGCGGCGGCUGCUGCUGCUGCACCCCCACUGAAAAAGAAGAGGAUGUGGCGCUUUCCCGUCAAGAAGAUCCGCAAACAGUUCAAACUGCUGCUGGUGCUGGUCCUGCUCACCUUCGGCAUCUGGUUCACGUACCUGCACGUCGCCGUGCUCAAGAGUGGCCGGGCGCUUAAGCUGCACAUCGCCUAUGGACGCGAUCUCCACUUCGCUUGUGAAAAGAUCCAUGAAGAUUGCUAUGUUUUGUCCUAUGCAGAGAAACUGAGUGAAGCUACUGACACUGGAAGGAAAGCUGGCUCUAUCCACGCUGCGUCCAACAAAAGGAAGAUUGAUGACUCCAGUGACAGUCAGGAAGAUGAACAGAUGUUGGACACACCAAACAAAUAUGGUGGACCUUUGCAAGGUGAGCCUGAUGAUUAUCAAAGAGGAUCCCGACAGCCUUUGAACUUGACUCAGAUGUGUUUGCUGUGGAAACCAGAGUACAAAGGCAAAGUGAACCUUCAUGUUUUUGAGGAUUGGUGUGGCUCUUCCAUUUAUCAGCUUCGGAAGAAUAUUCAUUUUCCACUUUACCCUCAUACGCGUACCUCAGUGAAUAAGAUUGCUGUUUCGCCAAAAUGGAAGAAUUAUGGGCUGCGGAUAUUUGGCUACAUACAUCCCUACAAAGAUGGUGAUUUCCAGUUUGCAAUUGCAUCAGAUGAUAAUUCGGAGUUUUGGCUCAGUUCUGAUGAAAGUCCUGCAAACGCCAGACUCCUGAUGCACGUAGGCAAGCUGGGAACAGAAUGGGCUGCUCCAGGCGAGUUUACCAAGUUCAGAUCCCAAGUCUCCAAUCCAGUCCAUGUUAUUUCUGCAAGAAGGUACUACUUUGAGGUACUCCAUAAGCAGGAUGAUAAGGGGUCAGACCAUGUUGAAGUUGGGUGGCGGCCAUUUUUCCCUGGCGUGAAGUUUGAGAUUAUCAGUUCACCACACAUCUCACUGUACACCGAUGAAUCGUCACGGAAGAUGAACAGUGUUGAUCAUAUCCCACAAACCCGUGCAAGUCAUGCUGGAGGUAACAAGAUAGUACGCCGAGAGUUGCAUGCGGCUGAUAUGCUCAAACCAGAUCCCAGGGACACCUUCUUUCUGACUCCACCGAUUGAUCCAUCGAGGGUGCAACAUGUCCUUCCGCCCUGUGCAUACUCACCAACUUACAUUGUGAAGGAUUUUCCCAUCGCCCGAUAUCAAGGACUGCAGUUUGUCUACUUGUCCUAUGUCUAUCCAAAUGACUUCACCAGGCUCACUCAUAUGGAAACAGAGAAUAAGUGUUUCUACCGGGAGAGCCCUUUGUAUUUGGAAAAAUUUGGAUUUUACAAGUACAUGAAGAUGGAUGAAGAGGAAGACAAGCCAUUCAUGUUUGACAAUCCAGAGGAUUUCCCAGAAGAAUCAGAAGGCAUAGACACUGAAUCCAUACUCAGUGAUAGUCAGGUAACAUGGAGCAAGAGUAAUGUGAAAGAUCGUGAAAAUGGCAGCCUCGCUCAGGACCAAGUGACUGCUGAGAGGAAACUUUUGCCGUUGGCGGCGGAAAACAGGAAUGGCCUUGAUGAUGACGCGUUCGGCCAUAAGAAAAGGUCGACGUCCAGAGAGCAUCAUACUGUCCAAUUGCAAAAGAAGGCCUUCAAUCCAAUUCCUCAGGGAGAUAAUGUGCCCCCAUCUGCGGCUGCCUACGACAGUCAGGAAACGGGCAUCUUUCACAAGCUAAGCAGCAGGCGGAGCAGGUCCCUGACCUGGGCGAAGUUCACCCCGGAAGAGUUGAGUAAGAAGCCGGCCAACCAGUCAGCUCUGUCCAAGCUGGGGAAAGGGAGCGUGCUCAACUUGCAGCCCCAGAUUUCUAUCCCUUUCGUCCCCAGCAAAACCAAGCAGUUUUUGAGUAACUCGGCUCAUGCUGGUCUCCAUAAAAAAAGAUUUGGCGAGCCCAAGAAGCUGCAGAACAAAAUCUACGUGACCAGGCCCCAGGAGAAAAAGAAAAGGACACUACAGGCUGAGAAGACCAAGGAGUUGUUCCCCGGAAUGAACGUUCUUCCCAGCACAAAGAUCGUGGGACUGCCAGACACAGCUACGGAGAGGAAAAUGGUCUCGAUGUCAAGGGGGAGGAAAACAACACCGUACCUCAGGAAUAAAAUCUUUUGGUUCAAUAGCAACACCUCGCAGGAGGAGAGGGAGGUGCCAGAUACCAAUAAUGGCGCACUCCGCAGUUCAGCCACCCAAAAGAGAAACUGGAAGGCACUGCAAGAAAAUCUGGAGCAGCCUCAGGGUGACAGGAACAGAGACAGCGUAGUGGCAACACCCGAAAUCCACCUUCUGAGUGAGGAGAUCUUGGGCAAGGAAGAGGCCACGCUUCAUGAUGAAGGAAAGGAUCCCAAAUCAACCGGCGUUGCUGUUGGCGACGGCGCUGAAGAGACGCCCUACUGGAAGCCUGACGAUCUGAGUGAGCCACAACAAACCUAUACCGACCAGUUUGAGAUGACCGACGAUGGAAUGUCAGAUUACAGUUAUGAGGAUCCUGAGCCACAGAGAGGCUGGACAGAGGAGACCAUAAACUGGCAACGGACGUUCAGCGUCAGCGCCAUGGAUUUUGAGCUCCUGCGGUCGGACUGGAAUGAUCUACGGUGCAACGUUUCAGGCAACCUGCAACUGAGCGAGAGUGAGGUGGUGGACGUUCUCGCCCAGUACAUGGAGAAGCUGAAUGAGAAAAAUGGCGGAGUUUACACACUUCUGCGGAUUGUUAAUGUGGAGAAGCGAAGGGAUUCAGCGCGUGGGAACAGAUACCUCAUUGAACUGGAGCUGAUGGAGAAAGGCAGAAAAGUGGUCCGUUUGACAGAUUACAUCUACCUCUUGCUGCACAGAACCAAACAAGAUGAUGGAAUUGAAGCGACUGCACAAUUGCAAGAUAAGGAGCCCACUCAGCUGAAUGUUCCAUACCACAAGCCUCUCCUCUGCCAACCUGUAGGUCUACAUGUGAGACCAGAUGUCAUGGUACAUUUUGUAGUUCCAGUAAAGAACCAGGCUCGGUGGGUGCAGCAGUUCAUUAUGGAUAUGGAAGACCUCUACCACGCAACAAGGGAUGAAAGCUUCAACAUUAUCAUCAUUGACUUUGACAGUAGUGACAUGGAUGUGGAACAAACUUUGAAGAACAGCAAACUGCCUCGGUAUCAGUUUUUGAAACGAAUAGGGAGUUUUGAACGCUCAGCGGGACUUCAGGCAGGAGCAGACGCUAUCGAGGACAGCCACACAAUUCUCUUCCUGUGUGACCUGCACAUCCAUUUCCCUAUCAGUAUCAUUGACAAUAUUAGAAAGCAUUGUAUAGAAGGGAAACUGGCAUAUGCCCCUAUUGUGAUGAGACUGGGCUGUGGCAGCUCCCCUGUUGAGCCUGAUGGGUACUGGGAAGUAAAUGGAUUUGGGCUGUUUGGUAUCUUUAAAAGUGAUUUCGACAAGAUCGGAGGAAUGAACACUGAGGAGUUCCGAGAUCGAUGGGGUGGAGAGGAUUGGGAGCUACUGGACAGGGUUCUUCAGAGCGGCCUGGAGGUUGAACGAUUGCGCCUCAGGAACUUCUACCAUUAUUUUCACUCCAAGCGAGGGAUGUGGGAUUCUCAGGCCAAGAAAACCACAAAGGAACUGAACGAGGGUUGAAACUUUGUCUAUGCACUUUAAGAAAAAGGACAUAAACCAGCAGACGUAUGCUCCAUAGGCAAACCAGCCAAUUACUGAGCCAUGUAGGAGCAUUCCCUAUUGAAGACCGUGUUUCUCCUUUUUGAUCCCACAUGGAAUUUCUCUCUCCGAACCCCGCUGUUUGUUUUCUCUUCUCGGCGUUCCCAGAAGUCUUGUGUUUUGGUUAUUCCACAACCAGUAAAGAACUGGACAGAAGCCAGGAAGAAUAGAGGCAAGGAUUAGGAGUUUGUAUAUUGGAAUCUUUUUGAAUUGGGACAUAUCCUUAGACAUCGUGGUAUGCCUCCUUGUUGCAAGUUUGAUCCUCUUGAUCCAGCUCUGUGAUCCAGUCAGUUGUUGCUGUUUUUUUACCAUUGGUCACAAGCACCAGAAUAUUGGUUUGUCUAUCCAGGGUUUCCUUUUGGUGCAUAAUAUAUUGGAUUACAAGUGUAUGCAGCUGGUUCCUUCUCUGAGCAAAUGACAUCCCUCUCCAGCUCAAGGGAACCAUCACUGGCCUUUGAGCACAUGCUCACCAUAAAAAGAAUACACACACGCCACAUGCUCACUCUCACACAUCAUUACUUCUUGGACCAAGCUUGUUGGGAAUGUUCACUCAAGCAACAGUGACACAAACUGUCCUCGGCUUUCUGGAUCCCAUUCAGAUGCAUUGCCAGUUGGUUUAUCUGACCUUCAGAAGGUAGUGCAUGUACUCAGUAAGCUAGCCACUUCAGGUCUGACCUAAUGAAGCCUUAUUCUGAGGGAUGCCCCUGGUCUGGAGAGGGAUCCCCAUUUUGGUUAUUACAAAAGCCAAGCUGAAUCAUCAGUCCCCAACAAGGGUACACAUACAUGUUACUGAACAUAUGUAUUGGUAAUUAUACCCACUGAGCUGUUAUCUGCCAUGACAUGCAAGGAAAGAGUAAACUCAAGCAUAAGACUGAUGCCAAGGACUUUUUGUGUCAAAAGCUAGAUCAGUUCUGCACGGUGAUUUUAAAGACAGUAUCACAGCUUCUUCUGUGAAAAACCAUCUCACUUGAUUAUGACCAAUCUUACAGAAAGCAACUUUGUCUCAUUUUUUUUUAAAAACACCUUGAAAAUCAAACAUGGAGUAGAGGUACAGGGUGUUGAGGGGAAUUUGAAGUUUUCGGAACUAAUUUAUGGAAUUGAAUCUUAAUUAAUAUUUAAACCGAAUCGUUGAGACUAAAUGUUACACUAGUUGCGUUGAGAAUUGAUGGUACCUUUUAGGAUGUUCUUAGAAUGAUGUGUUCUGAACUUAUAAAAUGGAAAAUCAGUUUUAAUCCACACUGCUAGUUAGGAAUGUUGCUGUUUGAUAUCAUCAUCAUCAUCAGGAGGAUUUAUUGUUUACA